AUGCUGUGGUUUCGUCCUAUUUUUCCUAUUUUUUAGCUGCUGAAGCCAAAAUUUGUAACCAAAUUGAAAAUGGAAUUACAGUUAUUUGUGUUUUUGAGUGAGAUUUAUCAUAAAGCAAGUAGUAUUUUGAAUUUGAUGUUCUAAAUAUUAGCAAAAAUAAUAGUUACGCUUGUUUUUUCCAUGACCUCUAUUGCCUAUUAGAGUUCUGUUGACAACUUUGUUAUAUUGUUACUUUUUGUACAAUUUUCUAGCGCACCUACAUGUAUUGUAUGCCAUGUUAUUGUUCUCAUGACUAUUGAAUAAUAUUGUGCAUAGUUUACUGUAACUGCAUUUCAGUAUGUGCAUGUUCUUGCUCGCUUUUAUGUUCAUCUUUGAAACUGAAAACAGGAUCAAGUUGUCCUCUCACAAUACAGGGCAGAUAAAUCAUCCAAUCAGCUUCUUGUUUAAAAAACCAAUCACUAUAGCUGAUUCUGGAUGCUACAUGAAAAGAACAGACUUAAGGCUACUAUACAUACAUGUAAAUAACAACUGACGAAGGAUCCAACACUUUGGUUCCAAAACCGGUCUUGCAGUUAGUAAUAGAUAAGCAGAGUGUUAUGUUCUUCUUAGAAUUUAACCAUGACACACUUACAAUCUGGUACCAAAUAGAUCUGUGUCAUUUUGCUAGAGCACAGCCUUGAUCAAAGUUUAUGAUAUGACAUCAUUAGGGCCUUAGGAUAAUCAGAACUAGUGAUACUCUUGUUACUAGACCUAUCAGCGGUUUUUGAUACAGUUGAUCAUAAUAUCCUGCUGUCACGUUUGAAAUCAAGAUUCAGAAUCAAUGGCAUUGCUCUUGACUGGUUCACGUCCUAUCUUUACAAAAGGACUUAUGCUGUCACUGUUGCAGGUGGUCGGUAUACUGACAGAGUGUUCAUUAGGCAUUGGAGAUCUUUAACUUCGCCAUUAACUAUGCAGGAUUCUCUGGCAAAUGUUUGGUAGCCUAUGACUAUUUUUUAUUCAGACAUGAAGUCUCUUUCAAAAUAUUCUCCUGUAAUGUUACACAUUUCUCCUGCUACUAGUAAGAAUUCUUGAUGAAAACUGUGACUGAGUGACCUCUUAUGACUGGUGUGCCACAAGGGAGUGUCCUGGGGCCUAUAGUAUUCGCAAUGUAUACUUCACUUUUUGGAAAUUUCAUUAGGCUACGUUGGCCUGAGUCACCAUCUGUAUGCGGAUGACACCCAGCUCUAUGUCACUCUGUCCCUCAAGGUUCUGUUUAAGGACCAGUGUUAUUAAUUCUCUAUAAUUAUUUAUCCAUUUACCACUUAAAACUUGCAUGGGAGACCAGGUCGAGAUGGUUGUCAAAGUACACUGUGGUACUGUUUUUCAACGUUGAGACAAAUUCAUCCCCCGAAACAGUCUCACAAUGCACUUUGACUACCAUCUCGACCUAGUCUCCUGUGCAACCUCAAACUGGCGAAUUGGAAGAUGUAAUUAAUUUGGCUCACAGUUUAAAUGCAUUGAUGUACACCGAUGAGUCUCAGCUUAACAGCAUUAUUAUAAGACAAAGCAAUUGUGCUACAGCAUUACAGGAUUUUACGCUUUGUAUCCAAGAUAUUAUGUCCUGGAAUGUCUCUAACAUGCUUAAAUGUACAAGAAGACAAGUCAGAAAUCAUUCAAUUCUCCUCUCGUUUUUCAGCGGCCGAUUCAGUUCCUGCUAUCAAGGCUGGAGAUUGCUCAGUUACUCCACGUAAUAAAGUCGAAGACCUUGGGGGCAAACUUGUUUGCCAUCUCACUUUUAAAAUUCACAUCAACAUUUGUUGCUCCGCCUCACAUUCUAUUCACCACAUCAGAAAAAUUAUGAAAUUUCUAUUCAGAUCUGCUAUGGAACGUGCUGUCUUAUCAAUGCAUUUGUUUCUUCAAUACUUGGUUUCUGCAGCAGCAUUCUUCACAGCCUUCCCUCCUACGAGUUAAAGAAAUUACCACGGUUGUCUUAGUUUUUGAUAAUUCUGGUUGUUGUAACUUAUAAAGCGGGUUUAAUGUGUAUCUCAGCGAAGCACUAUAGAGCAUUCUUUUGCAUUGGAUCAUGUAGUGCUAUAUAAGUAACUAAUUAUUAUUGUUAUUAUAAUUAUUAUUAAAAUAAUUGAAGGGAGCACAGCUGUGCCCUGAAUUGGCAACAUCCAGCAUGCCCAGCAUUUAUGAUUUCCAUGAAAAAAACUGAGAUUUUCUAUAGUCACCCAGGGGCAAAAGUUACUAGGCAUUAGGAGUCACAGGGGCUCUACUUGACGCAGCCUUGAUACCCACAUACAUGACUUUUAAGUGUUUCAACCCGCUCUGUUUCUGAUUUACAGGGAAAAAAUGUCAUUGGAUGAUUCAGGAUACGAUUCGCCAUCUCUGAAAAAGAGCCAAUCACGGCAUAUGGCUGCUUCAGCCAAUGAGUGUUUGGGAGAAGAUGACACCAAGAAUGUGAGGUAAAUUUAAUCAAGAAAAAAGAGGUUUCUGUUAUAGCCUCACUUACAGCCAUCUCUUCUUAUGUCUUUCAAAAUUUUGUACACAAUAAUCUACAAGUUCCAUAAACUUCAGUUUAACUUGCUAUUGUAGAAACAAUAAUUUCCAUUUCCAUGUAAAAUUUAUCUGAACUGCAGGUCUGUAGGUCAGUUAUAGGGCUAAGGGUUCUAGGAUCUCAAUAGCACAUCCCCUCCCAAACCAAAACUUCUUGUUAACACUUGGAUUAACAUUAAACUCUUUCUUCCCUACAGUGAGACAGCGACUAUCACAGAGGGUAAAAAUCCUUUAAAUGAGGGUGAAAGCAGCCUGACCACUAAUGAUGCAGUAGAGAAGAAAGAAAAUUUCAGGUACAAGUAAAAUUCUACUCUAAAGGUUUUUUAGCCACUUGAAGAUGCACUUAAGUCUCCUAAUUACAGGUGUGGGUACAUGUACAGUAAAUUUUGUUUAGUGAGUAAAUGUUUACAACUUCAAGUACAUUAGUAAUAAUGCAACUGGGAGUUGUUAAAAUAACUUCCAGUUCAAUAAUUAAAAAAUAUAAAGACCUCACUCUGAAGGUCUCUGUAGGUGUGUCACGUUGUAUUUUUGUAGUAGGUUGGCAGAUAAAUUAAAUUCCUAGUUUAGAAAAAAAUGAAACAUCUUAUUAUUUGCGAAGGUGUAAAACAGCAUAGUCUCGCACAAACGAGCAAGCAAAAACCAGCCAUUUCUGCACGUCCGCCAUGUUGGAUUUCUCGGAGUAGCCUGGUCUUUUCUUUCUCCCGUUUCUAUCAGGAGGUCUAAAAAAUAUUAAUGAAGUGUUUUGGAGUUAUCAUUGUCAAAGGGUGCAUGUAUACCAUCUGUUUUUAACUCAAAAUUAAUUCCGCCCUUUUGCAAUUCAUUACUUAACUUACAUCUAUGGCUUUUCCUUCUGACAAGAAUGAUUUACACAAUUUGUUGAAAUAUUUUCACAAAAUGUGUAUUUCCAAAAAAUAUUCAUACCCCCACACAUGGCACUUUUGUUUUAGACCCCCACCCCCACCCCCCCUAGAAUUUUCAUUCCGGGGGGUGCUUGUGAGGAUUUUGGCUUUUAGACUAAAUCUACAUGUACUGAAGUAUUCCAUAUUGAUAGAUUCAUUUAGACAUUUUUCCGUUUGUAGCGGAUGUAUGGCUGUUUUAGAAUGGCUUGAUUUACUAUUGUAACUGCAGCGAUUGAGGAGUAGCAAUGCAUUACUAUGUGCCUCUUAUUCUUAAGUAACCUAACCCCAAGUUUAUUUUUCUUUUCUUAGCACUGUGGCUGAGACCAAGUUGUACAAUGUAAUGUUCAUUGGGCAUGGAGACCAUCCUAAAAUCCUGCCUUGCCAAUCGUCGGGUCAAGAAAGCAUUCUUGACAUGAUUAAAAACAAAAUAGGGAUGCCAGAUGUUAAAACAAGUCUAAAUCCUGAUUCUCUUGCCUUCUUUCUCUUUAAGACUGCCAACAAUGUCUGCCUUAAUGUUGGUUUGCCUGUUGGAGCUUUAUCUGAGAAAGAAACCUAUGUUUGUGAAUUUAGACGAAAAAGUCUCCAUCAGGUCACUGAUUACAUGCGCACAUAUGAUGUGACUGAGUACAGUUCCAGCUGGAAUAUGCAACAUUUCUUUGUAUCAUUAAGUGCCAUUGCAGCUGGAGUUACCCCUUUCAAAACGAAAUUCCAUACCGAUCCAAACAUGCGAUUACGGGUUGAUUUUUUCGAAGAUGAGUCCAUUUUGGAAGCCUUGGCGAGAGAUGGGAGAUUUAAUGUUAUAAAGCUAGGAUCCGGGGUAAAUUGUGAUCAAAAACCUUACCCUAUGUUGUACAAGGCUGUUAACUGCCAGAACAAGACUGUUGAGAUUUAUUCCCUCGCAAAGAAAGAAACCAGUGUACUAUCCCAACCCGUUCUUCCCCGGCCUCAUCCAGACCUGCUUAAGACCAGUGUUAAAGCUGAAGCAAGCAAAGUCAAGGAAGAGGAGGAUUCUGUUGCCACAGCAGGACCAAGCAGACCUGGGCUGCCAGCUGGUUCAAGCAUUCCUGGCUCAACGACAAGCAUAUCUGAAGCAAGUGCUCCUAAGACCCUAACACAGUUGAUCGGGUAUGCAUUCAAAACUGGAACUCUAAAUGAAGAAUUUAGAAAGCAACUAGCUAAGAAAUGUAACAUAAAAUAUCGUAACUUUGCUUUAAAUCAAGGCUCGAGUGUCCCUGUAGUCCAAGUAAAGAGCCUUGCUAAAACAGCUGAUGCGGUGGGAGCCAUUUUUACACAAAAUGUUGAAGGGUCCCUUAAGUUUCAAGGAACCUGUUUUGGAACAGGUGAACAGUACAUAGUUACUAACUACCAUGUGUAUCGUCGACUGAUUAGGGCCACAGCCUUUUUUAUUGAUUUUAACUAUGAAGAAGGUGCAGCACCGAGUAUCCCAGGGCGAAGAUAUGAGCCUGCUGAUCACACGUACCUUGUAUCGGAGUCUGAAGAUUUAGAUUACGCAAUCUUGAAGUUGAAAGAACGAGAUGACAAGUUGCCCCCUCCUUGCAUUUUUAAAACUGGUGUGACAAUCACUGACCCUCAUACUUUUAAUUUGUCUAAACUGGAAGGUCAUCGUAUCCAUCUAAUUGGCCACCCAAAUGGGCAAGGAAAGGAUAUUGAUUUCAUGUGCCCAGUGGAUACAGACGGCUGUAACCUUUACAACUACGCAAUAAGGAAUGGGGCUCGUAUUGCGCGAGCAAAUGAGGUACAUCGCACCACACAAAAUCCAGAACGGGUUACUUAUCAUGUGAGUAGUUUUUUUUUUGGCUCUUCGGGCUCUCCCGGGAUCCUUUUUAAGGAUGGCAAGAAACAACUGGUGGUUCUUCAUACCUUGGGGGUAUUCCUUGACGACCAAAAAAGGAGUGUUAUUGAACAAGGUGUUCAAUUUACAGAAAUUGUCAAACAUGUUAAUGAAUGCAUUCAGUUGGCGCAGGGAGAUCCAAGUAACCAGCAUGGAUUGAGGGGUGUUAGGCUAACUGACAUCUUCCCUGGGGUUGACAAUUGGUUUUGUUGUCCAAUGGACAUCGACUAG